AUGUCGUAUGUACCUCCUCACCUGAGAAAUUCGACCGCCACCACUGCAGCCGAUCAUUUGCCGUGGCCGCUAAUGUUCUGCACGAAGCAGCUCAAUAACUCCUCUUCUCAAUUGACUUCCGGUAGAGUCAAUUCUACGCUUGAGACUGAUAUUAAUGGUCACUCGUGGAAUGCGGGCAAUCGGUCAUCCGGUAGUUACAAUUCACCUCGGAUUGUUGUUGUGCCCGACCCGGUUUUUCCUCAAUGGAAUCCCUCCGAACGUCUUAUGCGCCUUAAACCAGAGCAGAUUCAGGAGGUCCGCUUAAGGCUUAAUGUUGAUGUUACUGUUUCUCCAGACUCACUUCCUGCACCUGCUCCUAGUGAAUCAUUUGUUGAUAUGAAUUUGUGCGCGAACAUCUUGAAGGAUAUUGCGUUUCAUGGAUAUACUUCUCCUACUUCCAUUCAGGCCCAAGCCAUGCCAGUUGCUCUAAGUGGACGGGAUCUGUUAGGUUGUGCAGAAACUGGUAGUGGUAAAACUGCUGCAUUCAUCAUACCUAUGAUACAGCAUUGCCUGGCUCAGCCUCCUCUUCGGCGUGGAGAUGGACCUUUGGCAUUAGUAUUGGCUCCUACGAGAGAGCUAGCACAACAAAUAGAGAAAGAGGUUAAGGCAUUCAGUAGAUCUUUGGAUUCCUUCAGAACUGCAAUUGUUGUUGGCGGAACCAACAUUUCUGAGCAGAGGUCUGAGCUGCGAGCUGGGGUCAAUAUAGUGGUUGCUACUCCUGGAAGAUUUAUUGAUCAUCUACAACAAGGAAAUUCUUCUCUCUCCAGGAUUUCAUUUGUCGUUUUGGAUGAAGCUGAUAGGAUGCUUGACAUGGGAUUUGAACUUCAGAUAAAAGAGGUGAUGCGAAAUCUUCCGGAAAAACAUCAAACUCUGCUGUUUAGUGCUACCAUGCCUGUGGAGAUUGAAGAGCUAGCACAGGAAUACUUGACAAAUCCAGUUCGAGUAAAGGUGGGAAAAGUUAGUAGCCCAACUGCGAAUGUGUCCCAAAUAUUGGAGAAGGUACCAGAAACUGAGAAGGUUGACAGGCUUCUGGAUAUGCUUGUUGAAGAGGCUGCCCAAUCUGAAAGAAGCGGCUACGACUUUCCCUUGACCAUUGUAUUCGUAGAACGAAAGACCAGAUGUGAUGAGGUAGCAGAAGCACUGAUAGAGCAAGGUUUGCAAGCAGCUGCGCUUCAUGGCGGUCGUAGUCAAAGUGAGAGAGAGGCUGCCCUCCGUGAUUUUAGGCAUGGUCCAACCAGGAUACUGGUUGCCACUGAUGUUGCAUCUCGUGGAUUAGAUGUCACUGGUGUUGCUCAUGUUAUUAAUCUAGAUCUUCCAAAGGCCAUGGAAGAUUAUGUACACCGAAUUGGAAGGACUGGACGUGCAGGAGCAACAGGCCGAGCCACAUCAUUUUAUACUGAUCGCGAUAUGUAUUUGGUAGCACAGAUAAAGAAAGCAAUAGCGGAUGUUGACUCUGGUAAUACCUUGACAUUUGCAACUGGAAAGACUGCUCGAAGGAAGGAGAGGGAAGCUUCAGCUGCUCAGAAGGAAGCAAGGAUUGCAAUGUCCAAGGACACAGUGUUGGGACCUACUGUGAUGAAUGUGGAGGACAAGUAUAGGCACAUGAUUACUUCUUCAAUAAUCAGAAAAGAGGGUUCAGCAGACGAUGCUUGGGAUGAUUGA